AUGAUUGCUAUUUUCGCCGGUCAUACUCAAUUUCCAACUGAUAACAGCCGUAUCGCAAAGAAUAACAACAACAACAACAAUUCAAAAGAGGGUUCAUCUUCGAGUAUUCUCGUAUUGCACAUUCUAAUUCGCCACAUUCUUCUUCUUCCCGCUCUUCUUUACGAUGGGCUCCUUGUUAUGAUUCAGUUAUCCGUUUACUAG